GUGCGCGUACCUGGCUCGUAUUACACCUCGACGCGCCACUUUCGUAUGAAACUAAAUUCAUAACGUGCGUGACCGGUUCGCAAAUCUACCCACUAGUGCUGGGGAGCCGACGGUUGUAGACCGUCCAGUCGAUUAGUGCUUUUGAAGAUCGUUGUUUCGUCGAAAAACCCAAGUACCCGAAGACAGGUACGAGAUCUAUGAAAGUAUUCUACGAUGCUGUUGAUGAACGGAUUGUACCUGUGAAGUCUUCUUAAAAAAUCGAACACAAUUACGAAUAAAACGAACGACAAACGAAAAACUAAUUAUUGAAAAUUAGGAGUGUUCGCAAAUAGUUAUUAUCGAAUUCCAGCAUUGCCAACACAUUCUAAUACUUUUACAAUGGAGAGGAAAUUACUAUAUGCAUUUCGGGGUUGGAUUGCAUUUGUGGCCUUCAUGGACCUUGGUACGGCUUUUCGGUGCUACAUUGAGCGCAGAAGUUUUUUGGGUGACCACUCAGAAACGCAGUUUAUUGAAGGAGAUUACACAAUAUCUAGGAUAUUGGGUAUCUACUGCAUACUGAAGGCAGUUGCCUUGGUUCACUGUACGUUGUACAUACACUACAAACCGGUUGUCAGCAUGGGUGGUUGCUCACUUGCUAUAACGAUGAUGCUCUAUAUUACCGAGGCCUUGUACUUCCGCUCAACGACUCUAAACUUUUACGUUAUUUUUCCAUGCAUUCUAAACUCAAUAACACUUAUUGGGUUAUUAUAUAUUCCACGAAAACUACGACUCUGGGAGCAUCGUAUUGCCUCAGAAAACGACGAUGAAAACUCACAGCUACUAAAGCAGAUGGGAGGAUUCAAGAAACGGCGCGCCCAUAAAAACAAAACUCCAUGAACUUUGUGGAUCGUGUAAUAUCUGUUAUCUCCGUUAUGCUCGGGUAUCUCCCUUACUAUCCACAUCCAACUAUUCUUCUCAGUUGUUGUCUGUCCUUCGUGAUCCUUUUGUGGUGUAUAUAAGAACGCAAAAUCAAGAAUUUUUAUAUCCCAACGAUCCUUAAAUUUAGCCAUAUCGAUACGAAUUACAUGUUAAAAUCCAAUGCCCAUCAUUGGCCGACAAAUAGAUCCACCAAGUAUUGAUUCGCUUAUCAAUUUGCAAUCGGUAAAUAUGCAACAACAAAAAUCCCGUAUCACUCUACCUCUAUCAGAACCCCCAUUGGACUGGGCUGAGUGGGUUCAAUCCACUCUAUCCUACAUAGAAUACUUCUAUGAAUCCCAUCUUUUAUGGCAAGCACAUUUGAAUCUACCCACACCAACUGGCUGAUAGACUAAUGCAGUUUAAGAAUUACUUGUAAUUCAAAGCCUAAGCAUAGAUGAAAUUAGCUACAACAAUAGCCGAGAUAGCAAAAUGUAAUGAUUUCCUACUAUUUUUAUACGCCUUCCAUCAACCCGUCAAUUCUGGCUGGUAAUGAACGACUUAAAACUAUCGAUAGCUAAACACAGAACAAAUGACACAAUACGCCUCUCUGAAAGUGAGCAUUGAGUGAUUGAAGAGUAUCAAAAAGUAGCAUCAGAAAAAAGAAAAACAACACAUUGUGAAUGCAAAAAAGCUUUAAAACAUUUUUAACGUAAUAAGCAAAUGAAUUGAAGUAAUCAGUAACCGCGUCACGAACUGUGUAACUUAAGUAUUGAACAAAAAUGAAUAAAAAAUCAAAUGGCUUACAAUGAAAAGUGCAACUAUGGGAAGUUAAACGGCUGCAGGCAUCUCAGAUUUGAAUUUAGAACACUGCGUUUAUGCAACUAUGUAUUAGUAACAUUAACUUCAAAGAAAGAAACCGUGGAACAAUCUGUUAAUUAUUCCAGAAUGGAAAACACGUUGAAUACUAGUUAGCUCAUGGCAUUUUGGAAAAAUACAGCGAAGAUUUCUACCGUGACUGAGAACUUAUGCUUUAGUUAAUUCAAUUGAAUUUGCAGCGAAUACAUUUUUUUUUAAAUGAUAGGUACAUUGAAAUGAGAUUAUAAUCAAUCAAUUCAAGUUACUAAUCAAUUAAUUGAAUUAUCAGGUCCUUUUUGUGCGUUAUACAAUUUUUAUGUAAUUGAUAUUUUAAGAAAAGGAUUUAAGCAUCCAGCAUAACGUUAAUAUUAUUCAAUUUAAUGAGAGUUUAUAAAUACCGAACAGAAAUAUUCCGUUGCUUUUAGCGAGAUUACAAAUGUAAUGGUGUAACAAAAGUGAGCCUUUCAUAACAAGAAGCGGUAGAAGUGUUGUUCCUAGUUACUGGCAGAGAUGGGAGCAAAUGUGCAUCAAAUGUAUCACCAAGUCUGUACACCCCAAGAACAUAACAAAAUGAUAUUUAGUUCGGCUAGCAAACACUAGCACUACAUCAACAACUAGCAAACAACAUCGUGAAAAAGUGUGCAAUAUUGAGUGAACCUUCUAAACAACGUUUUUUUACAUACGAUAUGACCAGAUAAAUAAGGACUCUAUUAACGAACAAUUCACGCCAAAGGUGAGAAAAUCUGCAGAAAAACUGUGAAUGAUUUAAAAAGCAACCGUUUUUCUACAUUGCCAAAGCUACGUAUUAUUGCAGGUAUUUACUUGAUAUGCACAAGAUUAUACGAAAGACCGUGCAUUUUGAGGCAAAUCUACAGCUACAAUAAAGCGCUACAAAACAGGCAAUUAUCGCCUGAAUUCUAUUUAUGAAACUUUUCAAAUUACCAGUAGCUAUUUUUCAUCUUUAUCAAUAGGUAGUUGUUUAAAACAUUUAAAAUCAAUUACCGUUAGUACUAGUGGACAAUCGGACCAGCGACCGUAUAGUUUUCGCCUCUAGUCAAAUGCCUAAUGUAAACGCAUUAGAAGCACUCGUAUGUGUUUGGUUCUUAGGCACCCAUAGUUCAGCAAUUCAAUCAUUACUAAGGUUGUCCAAACGAAAACUAAGAAGUAUGUUCAGCUCUUGAAGCAAUCAUACAGCAAAUUUGUAACAAGCAAUAAAGAACUGUAAUGCCGUAAGAGAUAAGUAAGUAGUUUAUCAUUCAACUGAACACCAAGCGGGUAAGGCACGCCUAUAAACAUUAUGAAACAUGC